UUCCCCACGCCGCCGCAUCCACCUGCGCCUCGCCCCGGAGCCGCGCGGCGCAGCACCAGCUCCAGCCCAAGUCCAAACUCCAAACCCACUCGAAAACCUCCGAAUUUCCCUCCACAAAUUUUACGAAACCAGAGCUCUCCCGCCAAUAACCCGCCCAUUUCGACUACCAUUCCUCCCCCCAAAUCCGUCGCCUCCCUUCCCCAAAUCGAGCGAUCUCGCGCCGAGACAAACCCUUGCUUCCGCCGCCGACCCCCUCGCCCCCGCCGAGAUGGACUUCACGGCGCCGUCCUUCUCGCUGGGCUUCGAUUCGGAUGACGAUGACCCCGCUCCCCCGGCCAGGAGCGGCCCGUGCGAGCAGCCGCGAGGGUACGCGGCGCCCGAUGCGCCGUCCUUCUCGCUAGGGAUCGACUUCGACGACGACGUCGAGGAGGAGCCCCGGCUCCCCGCUGGAGGCCGCCAGGAGGAGCAGGCGCGGGUUUCCGCGGCGCCCGACCCGCCGUCGUUCUCUCUGGGCUUCGACCACGAAGACGACGACGGUGACAUCCUUGCCGCCGAACAGCGUCACGAGCAGGCGCGGCCCCAGGUGGCGCCUCGUGUCCCCUCUUCGGUUGGCGCUGAAGAUGAGGACGACGACUUUGUCCUCGCCGGUAGCAAGCAGCCUUCGCCGGAGACCACUCGAUUCAAGCGACUGCGGAAGGGCCCUGCGCCGGCCCAUCCGGCGCUAACUCCGCAGGUGCGGCGCUGUGAGGCGCCCGAUGCACCCUCUUUCUCUCUGGGCUUUAGCGAUGACGAGGAGUUCCUGGCUGACCACCAGCAUCAUAAGCAAUCGAGACCACCGGCAGCGCCUCGUGCCCCCUCCUCGUUCAGUUUUGAAGAUGAGGCCGACUUCUCCAUCGCUGGUGACCGAAGGGCGGAGCCAGCCCAGAUUGAAGCGACUCCACUUAAGCGGCUGCGCAAGGCACUGGGGGCAGUUGGGACUGAGAGUUUAGAAGAUGAGAUCGAAGAUUGUACAACAGAUGAGGAUCGACCAAUGCGAGAUGUGCCACCUUCUGUUGGUAGUUGCAGCACUUCCAGCAACUCAAAAUUCUCUCUGCUCAACCGUGGUGUCCUCAUGACUCAGUCAGCAACCAAAACAAAGACAUCAAAAUUUACACAGACACCAAAUUCUUCUGCUUCAAAAUCUUUGGAAGAAAGCUGCACAAAGAAACUACUUCCUAAGAUAACAAUAAGCCCAAUGAGGAAAAUCCACUUGCUUCACUCUGAUACAGAUGCGGAUGAUGAUGAAAAUCAAAAUAAAGCAAAGAAGCUGGUUAGUCCUGUUAAAAAGAGUCAAGAAUUCAUACACAAAUAUAUGCAGGAAAAGCCUACGUUGCAACAAAACAGCAUGCCCCAAGGGAGCACCACUGUGCAGAAGAGUGAAGCUACAAUGAAUGACAAUUGGGCAACACCUGCCUUUGAUGAGUUCUGCAAUGAAUACUUCAAAUCUACAAACAAUGCUGGAUCUUCUCAACAGAAAGAAGGCAACAGUUUUUGUUGUUCCAAGGUUUCUCAACCCAAAUACUCUAUUGGUGAGAUGGAAGGGAAUUUCCAGCAACAAAGCACUUCAAGUGGAGCUGUACUAGAUGACAGCCUGGAUGGUCAUCCUCCUGCUAUGCAUUAUUUCUUCCACCAUGACCCAAGGGUGCGUGAUCUAGUCCGUGACAGGCUGCAUCAUUUCUUUCCAAUUGGGGCAGGAAGUACAAGAGAAAAUGAGCAAAGCAGAGGAGAAAGUCUCAGCUACAGCAGGCAGUUCAGCUCGAGUAUGACUGCUAAUAAUGACUGGGUGACUCCAAAUAGAAGGAUACCAGUUCCAACUGAUGUUGGCAAAAGAAGGGUGCAUGCCAGUGGAACACAAUCUGGCUCUGGCCAUUGGUUUACUGGUGAUAACGGGAAGAAGGUUUAUGUCUCAAAAAAUGGGCAGGAGUUGACUGGCCGAGAUGCCUAUCGACAAUAUAAAAAGGAAAGUGGCAGGGGAUUCAACAGGUACAGGAAGAAAGGUUCAUCUGGAACCAAACAAGGUGGUGCUAAAGUGAAAGUUGAAACUGCGGCAAAGCAAGGCUCUAGUCGAGGUAGAGGAAAAAGGAAGCGGUGAGAGGCAGAUCUGCUUGCCCAGCUUGACAAUGGGCCGGAUUCUAUAGAUAGUUUUUUGCCCUGUGUGUUUCACUUCAUAGCUGAUUUGUUGAAAGAACAUGUAAUAAGCUUCAAUUGAUCUCGAUUUUCUUUAAUGUCAGGAGGCACACAUAUACAUCAAUACAUUAUACAUGGUUGGCGUGUGCUUGUAAAUAUUGUUAGCUUCUGCUGCAUUACGGUAUUCUAUUGUUAGCCUGUUAGGUGCCAUAUGCAAAGGGAUGGUACGCAGUGCGCACCACUGGAUGUAUAAAACAUGAUUACACUUUCGUAGCAUUGAUCAAGUAAUGAUUUCAUGGUA